AAAAAGAAUAUUAUUGAAAGAAGAUUAAGGUUCAAUGGCUGUUUCUGUAGAUGAGAAUCAAGCUUGGACUAUUGUAAACAGUCCAUUGUGAAGCAGAUCAGAUCAGAUCUUAUAAGUCGAUAAAGCGGUUUGAAGCUAAUACAAAUCUUAUUGGAUUCUUUAUUAAAAAGUAGGUGUUGAGAUGUUUCUAGACCUGCAAGACCUGAAGUCGCUCGACAGUAAGCAGAUGAUUUCAUGUUUCGGGCCGAUGAUUGCCCACCAAACAAUCCUGCUUCCAAUCAGGCCGUGGAGUUCAAUAUCGCGUGUCAUUCACCAGUCGAAAUGCUCUAACGAAUCAUCGAAAAUUGGACUCAAUGGAUGGCUCAUCUGAGACGUUGCCGCGGCCAACAUGUGAAAGCGAUAAUCCUCAAAAAAUAUAUGCCAAAAAAUGUUCUUUUGAAUGAUAAUAAACAUCCACCAUUAAACUUAAAUUUUCUGUGAUUUUUCUUUAAAAAAUAGGGACCCUCGAAAUGAACCAUCAUAAAAACUUGAUAACGCCUAUUCGAAAGAAAUUGUGCUACGUAAAUCACAGAACCAUUUCAGAUUUAAUUGAACUUGAACUUGAAAACAAUGAUGGCUCCACAUUUGAAAAUUCGAAGUUCACUCCGCUUCGCUGCCCAAAGGUUAAGAUAAAUAUUAUAUAGAUUUUUCGAACAUCUUGUAACUUUUACAUUCGUACACGCAUUCGUUAUCAUUUUUUCUGACAUAUUUUAUUUGAAAUAUUGGAAAAAAAUGAAGUAAAUAUUUUAUUACAUUUAUUUUAAAAUUUAUUUUGAAAUCGUGAGGACUAUCACUUCGGCAAACUAAGGCAAUAAAUACAAAGAAAAUGUUAUAUCGUCUCUGAAAAAUAUACAACAAUUGAAAGCGUCGCAAACACUACCAGCUCAGUUCUAUAAACACCUAAUACUCAUUUAUUGUUUAAAAGCAUUAAGCGAAAAAGUUGCGAGAGUUUGUAGAUGACAUGUUAAAAUGUAAAUUGGAGAAGAGUAGCACUUCCUGCAAUAUAGACGACAACAAAUACCAACUAAUUACUAAUGAUCGUACGAGUACGAUUACGCUUACUAAUAAAAACGAUGCAGAUAACUGUACCACAGCUGCAAGUAGCACAUCGCUGCUGGCGCAAAGAACGCAUUCUCAAGAGUUGCAGAGAUUUGUAGUGAUACCAAAACCCAGAGUGUUAAAUAUUUGUGCAUUAAAUCCUAACAGAAAAGAGUUUGAAGUGCCGACGGGCUCGUUAUACACGCCACAAGCCACAGAGCUAUCAAUACAAGCCGCUCGUGUGGACUUCAACAAAUCGAAACAUGAGAGACCACAAUUUCUAUAUGAGCAGUAUCCGCUCAAGCCAGCACUGCUGUACGAUAGCCCUUUGAGCUUUGUACGCGAUCCACUAAGUCGUUUAGAUCAAAUAGCUUACUUGCCGCAAAGCUCAUUGCAUUCCAUCACUUCGGUUUUGCCUACUUGUCAAUGUGCCCUAGAGCUUACGCCAUACAAUCUGCCAGAGUAUCCGUCAAAUGCGCAGAAUUCACGUUUGAUCAGUGGCGAGGAGGAAUGCAGGUAUAAUGAAAUUGCUAAAGCGGCGUGGAAAACGAGAGAGGCUUUUGCAUCGACUGAGGACACAUCCACGGAAAGUGUUUGUUCGACAUGUCAUCGUAAAGGAUUCUUAGUACCGCAUUCCUCACAAUAUUACACAGACCCAAACAAUGAGCUCGUAGUAGAACCGAGUACGAUGCGAGAAACCGACGAUGCGGCUACGUUAUCUGAAGUGUAUAAAACCGCACGGCAGAGCAUAGCCGAUAACGAAAAUCAUUUGGAAAGAAAAGAAUCAUGCCUAUUUCAUAACCCGUGUUACCGUUAUGAGACAAAAAAUAUAGUAGAGCCACCACUUGAACCAGUGAUUUCCUCUGAUAAUUCUCGGCUGGCUAUGUCCCUCGAUUCGUACGAACUCGAUUACUAUAAAUCGGUGCCAGUAUUUGAAGUGUUGCCCACAAAUAAUUUUGAGGAUUACUCUCAUCAACCGGCGCUAAGACAUAUAGAUUCACUGCUGCUUUAUGCGAGAUUCAAGCAAAAAAGACGAAAAGCACGCGAUACUUUUGAGCUUGGCGAAGGAAAACCUUUACGGUUCAUUGCAUUUUUCGAUGAUGCACAACUCGUUAAGAAGUCAUCGGAUGAGGACAUUAUUUUUGGUGGUGCUCAUGGACUAAAUUAUAAACUACAAUGUUGGGAGGAAUCACGUAUCGCUUGGUUGUCUGAGCUUGAACGUCGUCACGAGGUAUACCGCCGACGUCAAAAACGUGCCGAGCUGCGUAAAUUGAAACAGCAAUCCGCACAAAGUUGUUCAGGCCAAUGCUCACUUUGGUGUCAGCGACUACGGUCUUGGUUAGCGAAAUGGAGAGGAUAGAGGAAGCGAAUGAAACGCUUAUUUAGCCCAAAAAACACACAUUUAAAGUUUACAGAAACCAAGAUCGAAACAACAGCUGGAAAAUUUCUGACUCAUUUAGAAAAAACUAUGUAUUACUCUUAUUUAAUGGAGAACUUGAGUUGUAGUUGUUAUAAAAUUAAACUAAAAGGAUUAGUGUUUCUCACGAACAA